UGCCUUAGCAGGUAUGGAGAAGCUGAAAGAAUCCUUUAACAAAGAGCAUGCAGACUGGGAGACGGAAAAGGCCGGUUUAACAAAAAAGGCCGAGGAUGCAGAGGCAUCCCUGAAGCCGGUGGUUGAAGAACUGACCGGCUUAAAGCGGCAGAUUAACGCCAUGACUUCCCCUGUAUUUGGGACCCGCAUUGUUCAUCUGGGCUCUGACAUGCGGAUGAAGCUUAAAGCGGCCUACACGUUGAUAGAACAGCUGUUCUCUGGAUCCCAACGAGCCAUUUGCACUACAGCUUAUAACAAGCCUCCGCCAUCGCUGGUAAAUGAAACUAUUGAAAAGCUGGCCAUGCUACCUGCCCAGAUCAAUGAACUAAAGAGAGCAGCCGCAAGAUCAGGAGCACUGACCGCGCUAAUCCGGGCCAAGGCGUGGAUUCCGGAUCUUGAACCGGCAGAUAUCAUCAAAGGCUAUCCUGGUGUGAAAGAAGACGGCUCAGACUUCCAUAACGACGAUCUCCGAAGGCUGACAAAGGAGAUGCGGCCGAUAGCAAGCAAACUGGCGGAGGAUACCGAUCUAUCUCAUUUUCAACUGGUUUAUGAUGCUGAGGGAAAAAGAUAGCCCGUGUUAAUCCAUAAUGUUGAAGAUCUUGUGCCACCAAUCCGUAAGCAUACUUACGCUCCUGAC